AAUCAAAAGAAAAGGUUGAACCUGAAAAUGCAGAAAAGACAAACAAUAUAGAAAAAAUACCUGCUUGGACGAUUGAAGGCAUUACACAGCAUAAUCUUGAGCCCAGUGUCACUUUGGCUGAACAUAAAGAAUACAAAAGUUAAUGGUCACCCAUGGCGAUCGCUCUACUUACAACAGUGUUGAAAAUUUCCCUGAAUUUCAACAAUAUCAAAACUAUAUUCAUAAAAAUGUUUUGGAUGAACAUCCUCAAGCAAUCAAAACAACAAGUCUAGAUGAACAAGUCUAUCAUACGUAUGUUGAUAUUCCUCGUCGUGCUGCUUCUGUUCAAGUAAGCCGAGAAUGGAAUGGAAUGGCAAGAAAAAGAUACGAAGGAUAUGCUAAUUACCUUAAACAUGGCAAAUAUCCACUUCCUCAGCCAUUAUCACUUCAAAAACAAGCAUCUACAAUGACUGAUUAGGAAACAACAUUUGGGCUGAGAUUUAAUAAUAAAAAGAUAGUGCAACUUUUU